AACUGUGGCAAACCGUAAAGUUUGUAAACAAGAAACGGAACAUUUUCGUGUGGACGUGGGGCAUUGCACUGCAACAGAUGUACUGCUGCUAAGUUAGAAGUAAAAGACGUUUAAACAGCUGAGUGAAUAUUUAGGUUUAUUAAACUUUAAAGCUAGUGAGAACCGAAACUUGUGUUUUCUGUUAAAUACGUUCGGUGAACAAAGCAGACCUAAUUCUUGUGUUGCACUCAGUAUAGUUGUAGGCGAAACAACAACAGUAGUGAUACUGAUCAUAAUGUCUACACUUAGAGUUUUGUUCUUCUUGAUUUUAACAUGUAUUUCCUUAUCCUUGGUUGUUGAAGCUUUAAGAAACCCAGCAGAAAACACCGAAAGGAGAAAACAUAUUAGCCAUAAAGCAAAAAAUAAUGAUGGCUCUACUGACAAGGAUUCAGAAAAGAAGGGCCACAGUGAAGGGCAAACCAAUCGCCUAACUGCCCUCCGAUGCUGCAAGAUUGGAGAGAUGGUUGCUAAGAGAGGAAUGUUUUGUAAUUACGACAUACACGCAGACUAUAAAACCAUGAAUAACGUUUACCGUUCUAAGCUGAAACUCCAUGGAACCUACGAACAUAAUCCAACUUUUACCGCGAGAUACAAGAUCGUUGCCUUACGAGUUGCUAAAUGUUUUCACCACAAACUUUUACUGGAGAAAUGCUGCCACUAUCGCGCAGAUUUCAUUAGAGCUCGAAAAGCUUGCCGAGAGUUUAAAGGUUUGGAUAGACGAUCGUGCCGUAAGCGAGUGAAGAAAGAGUAUGGUUAUUAACCAUUAAGGGUUAGAUUGAGCCUGCAGGGAAUGACGAAAUCUGACAAUAUCCUCAAAGUAAAGAAAAUAUAAAAUAGGCUUAAAAUUUUGAUAGUAUUGAAGAUCUCCUUUCAGCCUGUAAUUGUUCUAAAUAUUUAUUUUGCAAUUUAAAGCCGAUUUUAGUGUUAAAUAUUAUACCAAAAUCUGAAUACUUCUAAUCAGGAACGUCGAGAGCCAGCACGGGCCCCGGGGCA